GGAAACUUCUGUCGGUCCGUAGCCAUUUUGGCUCAAGCAAGUCUGGUCCAAGCGGAGCGAUUACCAGCCUCCGGCCGCAGUCCCGGGUGUUGCGCGGCCAGGCCCUGACGGCCAGCGCUCUGCUGGCGGCGGCCGCCACGUUGUUGCUCGGCUGGGGCCCCGCGGGCGCCGUGUUCGCGGAGCCCCGGGCCGUCUCGGCCCGCCCGGCGGCCCAGCCGCGCGCGAGGGUGAAGAUGCACGGGUCCUACAACAGGUACACGGUGAGGAACAUCCCCGGCGAUGGGCGCUACAUGACCGACCGGAAGAUUGGGGAGGAGGAGCAGGACAUCCAAGGGUAUUUGAUGUUCUCGGACAUGGAGAAGUCGGCGUUCGACGGGACUUCGACGGGAACCAAGAGAAAAAGACGAUCAUCGACAGGUAUUGGGGCAAGAGGUUCGUGAUCCGGACGGACACGUGGGAGUACGAGCUGUACAGGGACGACCAGGAGGACGACGAGGAGGAGUGGCCAAAGACGGGCCUCUGGUCGAAGGACUUCCGGAUGCCGAUCAACGGGCCGCAUGGGUUCACAGCGCGCGAACAGGAGUUGCUCGGAGAGUACAAAGGGAUGGUGAAGAAGUUGUACAAGAAGCACAGCCACGGCUACAAGUACCCGAACGGGAAGGCGGUCUACCUGACCAAGAUCCAGCACAUCCCGUUCACGACAGCCAUCUACGGGGAGACGUACGCCGGGAAGGCCCCGUGGCUGCUGAAGCCCACUGAGGUGACGCUUCGCAAGCGCCAGCUCGAGGCCAACCGGCUCAAGAGGCGCCUCGAGCAAGAGGCCGAGAUUCUGCGGGUCAAGCGCCUGCGCGACCUCGGGAUCUACGCCGGCGAGCAGGAGUGGAGGCGCCCCUGGCAGCCGCAGGUGGACCUGCUCUCCGGGGAGCUCCUGGAGGACUUGCAGGACGUGUCGCUCACCGAGACGGACGAGGAGUCCGAGGACGAGAGCGAGGACGAGGAUGAGUGAGCGCGCCCGAGCGCCUCGGCGCGGCGAGCGCCUCCGAGGGAUCCCCGCCGGGGUCCCUCGUCUCACCGUGGGUCCCUCUUCUCGCCGGGGUCCCUCUUCUCACCGUGGAGGUCGAGCCUGAGGGAGUGGGUUGCGGCUGCAAGAGGAGGUGUCCCGGGGCCCCUUCAGAGGAGGGGGGCCCCCAUCCAUACGCGGCACCGCGCCGCCAGGCGCGAACGACGCCCGAGCCCGCGCCCGCGCGGCUGACGGUUGGAGAGGCGGCGCCUGGACGCGGCGUGCUCCUGCUGCUAAAGAGCGAGGAAGCCGCCGUCGGUGGUUUGCAACGCCGUGUCACCUGCCUUCCGGAGAACGGGGGAGGCAGGGUCCCAGCCCAUAUCCACCAUAGAGCACAGCAAGAGUGACCGCAAUGGGUCAAGUUACAGCUUGCCAGCGGUCUUAAACCUUGUAAAGUUGAUCUUUGAUGUUGCCCCAUGUCUCAGCACACAUCAUGCGCCGUGUGUGGU